AUACCCCAAAAAAGCCUAAAUCAUAAUUCCUUGGUCUACUAAUUCUGAAGAGUUGAUUCAGUUACCAAAUGGAAAAAUCUCUUUUGAUUGUAGAAGAAGCAAACUUAUCAUCCAGAUCUUUUUCUGGAAGAGUUAGUGAUGAUAAAGCUAACAGAAGUGGAAGGAAGGGUAUGGUUCUUCCUUUUCAACCUCUAUCUCUCACAUUUGAUGAGAUCAAAUAUUCUUUAGACAUGCCACAGGAAAUGAAAAAGCAAGGAGUUUUUGAGGAACGUCGAGAACUUUUGAAGGGUGUUAGUGGUGUCUUUAGGCCAAGAGUACUAACAGCUCUGAUGGGUGUAAGUGGUGCCGGCUAUUCAAGGAGUUCCUAAGAUCAAAGAAGGUUAUAAUCCUGCAACCUGGAUGUUGGAAGUUACAUCAGCAGGCAUAGAAGCAUCUCUUAAGGUCAACUUCACCAAUGUGUACAGAAACUCAGAACU